GUGGAUGAGACCUUGGUAUCCCUCAGUGCCAUGGGGCAAGAGGGCUAUGACCCUGAAAGGGCAACCCAGGACUGCUGUGAGAGGGUGGUCAUAAAUAUCUCAGGGCUUCGCUUUGAGACCCAACUGAGAACUCUUGCCCAGUUCCCCCAAACCUUACUAGGCGACCCCAGGAAGAGAAUGCGCUUCUUCGAUCCUCUAAGGAAUGAGUAUUUCUUUGAUCGCAACCGACCAUGUUUUGAUGCGAUCUUGUAUUACUAUCAGUCUGGGGGAAGGCUUCGUAGACCCGUCAAUGUCCCGGUUGACAUCUUCUUGGAGGAGAUUAAAUUUUAUGAACUGGGAGAGGAGGUGAUCGAGAUCUUUCGGGAUGAUGAAGGAUUCAUAAAGGAAGAGGAGCGACCAUUGCCUGACAAUGACUUUCAAAGACAGGUCUGGCUACUUUUUGAGUAUCCUGAGAGUUCCGGACCUGCCAGGGGCAUUGCAAUUGUUUCAGUCCUCAUCAUUCUUAUCUCCAUAGUCAUUUUCUGCUUGGAGACACUUCCAGAGUUCAGGGACGAAUCGAGGAUGUCGGGUGAACAUCUCUUGGUAAAUGGAACCCAUGCCAAGAAGGACAGUCCCUUCACCGACCCUUUCUUCCUCAUUGAGACCCUGUGCAUCAUCUGGUUCUCCUUUGAACUUUUGGUCAGGUUCUUCGCCUGUCCUAGCAAGCCAGCUUUUUUCAAGAACAUGAUGAAUGUCAUUGACAUUGUGGCUAUCAUACCUUAUUUCAUCACCUUAGGGACCGAGUUGGCUGAGCAGCAAGGUAGCAACGGACAGCAGGCCAUGUCCUUGGCUAUUCUAAGGGUCAUCCGCUUGGUGAGGGUAUUCAGGAUAUUCAAGCUCUCCAGACAUUCUAAAGGUCUUCAGAUCUUAGGGAAGACAUUGCAAGCCAGUAUGAGGGAAUUAGGUCUUCUAAUUUUCUUCCUUUUCAUUGGUGUCAUCUUGUUUUCUAGUGCAGUGUAUUUUGCAGAGACUGAUGACCCUGAGUCUUUAUUACGCAUUCCGGAUGCUUUCUGGUGGGCAGUAGUGUCCAUGACAACUGUUGGGUAUGGUGAUAUGUACCCUCUGACCAUUGGUGGAAAAAUAGUGGGUUCUCUCUGUGCCAUAGCUGGUGUAUUAACUAUUGCACUCCCAGUUCCUGUUAUUGUCUCCAAUUUUAACUACUUUUACCAUAGAGAGACUGACCACGAAGAGCAUUCUCAGUACACCCAUGUAACCUGUGGACAACAGCCCUCUUCUUAUGGAGACCUGAAAAAGAGAAGCAAACAAUCAUUCAACAAAUCGGAUUAUAUGGAAUCAGAAGACAUGGAUGAUGCCAAAUACUCUCACUUCACCACCAAUCAACAUUAUGGAGAACCCAAAAAGUUAACAGAGGUAUGACCUCUUGGUAAGUUCUUCAAAACUGUCAAUAAAUGCUGGUCCCAUGGUUUCAUGACCCCAUCACCAGUCACUGUGGAUAGUCAAAGACUAUACUGUAGAUG